UAUGGAUUUAAUGUUAGACUAAUAGAUUGCAUAAGUAGAGGAAGUAGAAGAAUAGGUUUCUAGCUCUUCUAGUUGUUCUCAUGAUUCUGAUUCUUCUUUUGAUUUAGAAAAUAAAGUCAACAACAAACCACAUCUAAAAAAACUUACAAAUGACUUAAACGUAGAUGUUUAAAAAAGAAAUGGUAAAUCGUUUUAAUUAUCCCUUAGGUAAGUUUGGUUUAAAAUACGCAAAAAUCUCUAAUAGGUAGAGACAAGCAUUGAUUGAAAGAGUUACCUCUACUGGCUGUACAAUUAAGAGUGCUGCCAAAGACUUGAGUAUCAAUUUUUCAACAGCCAAAGCCAUUAUGUAGAUUUUUAGAAGGGAAGGAAGAAUAACAAAAAAAAUAGUCAGGGAAAUCAAAUAGAAAACCAAUAAGAGUUUAGGAUAAAAUAAUGAAGGUAUUAAUACAUAUGUUAAUAUUAGAGGUCAUUUUGUAGAAAUCUUAAUUGGAAGAGUAAAAUUUAAAGUUUGUAAAAGUUGAGGCAAUUUAGGACAAUAACGAGACAAAUUUAUAUUAAUAGGCAGAAGAAGCUAAUAGACAUUAAGCUUUAAUCAUUCAAUAACUAAAUGCUUAAGUACUUUAUUCAUUUUAUUAUUAGAACCUAUAUCUACAAAGCAGAGUUAAUCAAUUAUAACAAGAUAAAUUUUAAAUAAACUCAAAGUAUGAAUUAUUGUUAAUGUAAUAUCAUUAAUUAUAAUAAAUGGUAAAUUAUUUGUAAUACAAUAGGCUCAAUAAUUCCUUUAGCCACCAAUGUUUUAAUUUCCUACAUUUGCCCAGUGA